AUUUCUUUGUUCUUUCUGAUGUAGACACAUUAUGUUCUGUUGCUCUAUUCCUUUAAAGACCAAUUGCAACAACAUGUCCGUGUCCAUGCAAUGGAAGCAGUAAUGGCUUGUUGGGAGCUUGAGCAAGCUUUGCAAAGCUUAACAGGUGUAUCCCCGGGUGAAGGCACAGGUGCAACCAUGUCGGAUGAUGAUGAAGACCAGGCAGAUAGUGACUUAAACUUAUAUGAUGGAAGUCUGGAUGGGACUGAUAGCAUGGGAUUUGGUCCUCUUGUUCCAACUGAAACUGAGAGAUCGUUGAUGGAGCGUGUUCGGCUAGAACUGAAGCAUGAGUUGAAACAGGGUUAUAAGGAGAAGAUUGUGGACAUCAGAGAAGAAAUUCUGCGAAAGAGAAGAGCUGGGAAACUGCCAGGUGACACCACCUCACUCUUAAAAGCUUGGUGGCAGUCACAUGCUAAGUGGCCAUACCCAACUGAGGAAGACAAAGCAAAAUUGGUGCAGGAAACUGGCUUGCAUUUAAAGCAGAUAAAUAACUGGUUUAUAAACCAAAGAAAAAGGAAUUGGCAUAGUAAUCCUUCAUCUUCUACUUCUUCGAAGACCAAACGCAAGAGAAGUAAUGCAGGUAAGUCUAGCAGUGAAAAUUUCGUGUAAAGGAAGGAUUGAAGCAUCACUACCAGGUUUCACUUCAUGUCUACUUCUUGGUGGGAAGCAACAUCAGAUCACUUGUUAGGGGCACAAUGCAACUGGAAGGGAAACUUAUGAAGACUGUUAGCAUAUAUCUGCUUUACUCAUACAUGAAACCUUAAUCAUUCAACUAAACAAGGCUGCCUUUUUAUACUUACAAUAGCAUUCGACUCAAACGCUGAUUAAUUCCUAUCAUGUAUAGAUAUGCUUGAAGACCUCUGUAACGCUUUAUCAUUUUAGAGGAUCAAAUUUCAAGCAUUAUGAGAUUAGAACAAAAUUCUUCUGGAUGGCUUUUCUUGAUCAUGGUCCCUGUAAUUUGAGAAAACUUUGCUUUAUGGUUUUAUAUCUGUGAAUAAGAAUGCAUUUUAACUUGA